GGGCGCUCACAGGUGGAGGGUCCCGGGGCCUAGGACGGUGCGCCGGAGCGGGAGGCGCCGGCAGGCCGUGGAGAGGCCGGGUCUAGAGCCGCGAGGCGCGCGGGGGUGGGCGCUGCGGCCGCGGGUUGUUUAUCUGGAGUACGGAGGGGAGGGGGGAGCCUGGAAACCGCCCCGUGUCCCAUUUCCUCCUCUUGUUUUCGCUCCGGAUUCUCCAUGUUGGACCCAAACUGAGGAGCCCGGAGCUGCCGCCGGGGAAUCGGGGCCGGGGGCACCCGGGGGAGCCGCCGCCCGGGCCGCCCGCGUUCCGUACAGGGCGCCUCCCUUCCCGGCCCAGGGAGGGAACGAGAGCAGGGAUGUGAACGGCUGUGGGAGUCGGAGUCUCGGGAGCCGGAGCGGGCCCCCGCCCAGGCCCCCUAGCCCAGCCCAGCCCAGCCUGCGCGCCCGCCGGUCCUCCCGCCCAGCCAGCCCGGGCCCGCGGGAUUGUUAGAUGGAACACGGCUCCAUCAUCACCCAGGCGCGGAGGGAAGACGCCCUGGUGCUCACCAAGCAAGGCCUGGUCUCCAAGUCCUCUCCUAAGAAGCCUCGUGGACGGAACAUCUUCAAGGCCCUUUUCUGCUGUUUUCGUGCCCAGCAUGUUGGCCAGUCAAGCUCCUCCACUGAGCUCUCUGCGUACAAGGAGGAAGCCAAUACCAUUGCCAAGUCGGAUCUGCUCCAGUGUCUCCAGUACCAGUUUUAUCAGAUCCCGGGGACCUGCCUGCUCCCAGAGGUGACAGAGGAGGAUCAAGGAAGGAUCUGCGUGGUCAUUGACCUGGAUGAGACCCUUGUGCAUAGCUCCUUUAAGCCCAUCAACAACGCCGACUUCAUAGUGCCUGUGGAGAUCGAGGGGACCACCCACCAGGUGUAUGUGCUCAAGAGGCCUUACGUGGAUGAGUUCCUGCGACGAAUGGGGGAACUCUUUGAAUGUGUUCUCUUCACUGCCAGCCUGGCCAAGUAUGCCGACCCCGUGACGGAUCUGUUGGACAGGUGUGGGGUGUUCCGGGCCCGCCUGUUCCGUGAGUCCUGUGUGUUCCACCAGGGCUGCUACGUGAAGGACCUCAGCCGCCUGGGAAGGGACCUGAGGAAAACCCUCAUUCUGGACAACUCGCCUGCUUCCUACAUCUUCCACCCGGAGAAUGCAGUGCCCGUGCAGUCUUGGUUUGAUGACAUGGCAGACACUGAGUUGCUGAACCUGAUCCCAAUCUUUGAGGAGUUGAGCGGAGCAGAGGAUGUCUACACCAGCCUCGGGCAGCUGCGGGCCCCUUAGCCUCCCCUGCUCCCAAGCAACAGCCAUCCCAGUCGGGGACUUUCCUACACUGUGCCUUCACGAUCAGCCUGACGGAGUGGAAGCUGGAGCAUCUCACUCAGUGGGGCCUGGAAAUAGAAGUGACUGGAAGGAGCUUUAGGACAGGUUAGAUGCCGAGUGGGCAAUACCAGACCAAUGAUACCCAGAGCGGCCUGCUCCUUGAGUUGGGUUCCCAAGAUUGCGUGUGUGUGUGUGUCCUGCCUUGAACUGUGGCCCUGGGAUAUAAGUGUUUCAGGACAGGGGAGAAACUGAAAGAUCGAGACUCUCCCCAAGUUAGUCUGUUUCCUCUCCAGUCACCCUGAAAGCCCCUGAGCUCUUUGGGAUGAAGACUGUUGAAGGCUCCGUUGCCAAACCCAUGGCCUUCCCUCAGUGUUGUGAGGCUUAUGCCAAGGAGAAAGGAAGGGUCAGAGGCUGCCUUUGGGUGCCCCAGGCACACACCUUUCUGAAACCUUUUUCCAGCCACCUGCUGCAGACAGAAAGACGACAUUUCUGGAAGAUGAAAGCUUGUUUCCAGAACCGGCAGCCCCAGUGGCCAUCAAGUUCUGUGGCCCAAGGGCUGCCCUUGCCUCCAGCAGAGUGCCUGGCAUGAGCCCCUUCUAUGUCUCCCCAAGGCUUGGACGCUCGGCCUGCCUUCCUCACCACCUAGCCAUAGUCUUGAACCUGUGGGGAAGGAGGUCUUCUCCCUGCCCUGGAAGAGAAACUGAUUUCCGUUCUUUUGACUCUGUUUUAAAAUUCUCUUUCUAAACUGGGAGUGUUGGGCCUGUUUUGUUUCUGACAAAGCUGCCGUCCUGGGCCUGAGAUGAAUGUGGGAGGCUCUGGGGGUACAGGGAAGAGGAAAGCCCCAAAUGUCUGUGUCCCCUUGGCUUGUAGAUCAGCUGAGCUCAGGACCGUGUCCCUAAGUCUGCUCUUCAGGGAUUCUCUGCUGGUGCUGGUGCCAGGACGUUUGGUCCACAGCCCGGGAAGGGCGCUCCGUGCCACCCCUCCUGUUUCUUGGGCAGGGCCUGCUUCGUGUCUUCCCCCAGGGCCUGGCCUGUGCAGAGCACUGUCUGCUCCAGCCCUCAUCCUGCCUGCCUGUCACUUUUCCUCUCCAGGGCCUCAGAGGCGCUCCUGCUUCUUCUGAGCUGAGGGGAAUGGGUGUUCUCGUCAUCAGUUUGCCAGCCUAAUGCACAUUCCUCCCGCCCCUGCUCACAGGUGGAGUGAGCCCUCCACACCUGCGCUCUGCGUGGCUCCUGCUGUCCGAGUUUCUCAAUAGUGAUGCUUUAAAAAAUAGUCACAAAACAGAAGUUUCCCCAGGAUGGAAAACAAAAGGGGAAGUGCUGCUGUAAUUGGGAGCACAAAGGGCCGCCCGAAAGGGAGCCCCACCUCAGCAUCACUGCCUUAGCCUUGGCCUCCCUGGGGCUGCAUGGGGUUUUCUUCUCUCUACCCUGCCCCUCUGGAGGGAGGGACUUCCUGUCCCCAUCUCUGUUUUCCUUGGAGGCAGGUGUCACAAAUCAUUUGUAAAUUGCUUCAGGUGCAAGGACUCAGGACUCAUCCCCAUUAUCUUUCAGCGUCCCCAGUUUUGAGAAAACCAGGGGGGAGCAGCAGCUCGGUGUUCUGAGUGGCAGCUGGCUGACGAGCACCUUCUCUAGCAUUAUGAUGCCACCUCCCCUCCUUGUCCCAAGGUUGGAAGGCCUGGUCUUUCCCUUUGGUGUCACAGAAGUGGAACAGAGUCCCCAGGGCCCAUGUGGUCAUUUCCCACAGCGUCAUUCCUUGGUGCCCACAGGGUCCUGCUGCAGGUAGGGGAGGAGGGCUCAGUGCCAGCCGAGAACACCGUCUCCUGAAGGAAAGUGGGAGCUGCCCUAGGCCUCUUUCCUCCUAUUUCCAGAGGGGCCUCUCUCCCAAGCCCGACCCUAGGGCUUAGCCCCUGGGCCAAAUCUUCUGCCGUCUAGGCCCAGCCAAGCUUUUCUGACUGACUAAGCAAUAAGGCUCGAAGCUGAUCCAGUUCCUAGGACCCUUUCUCUCUUCCUUUGGGUCAUGUUUUUCCAGGUGAAGGAAGAGCCUGUGCCACCCCCUUUUCUAUCAGGCUUGUCUAAAUGCUCCGAGCGUGAUUCGUGACCAGAGCUCAGAUAGCUUGGUGACCGUGUCCCUGCUGCUUCUGCGUGAAGCCCUGCACCACAGGCCUCGUUCCCGGCAGAACCCUACCCUGCCCACCUGCAGUUCCUCAACAGAAAUGCCAUAUUCCCACUUCCCUUCUCCUCCCUUCCCCAGAGAAGCAACUCGGCCAAAUAAAUCUAAACACGGAGUCCGUCCAUGUGGACCAGAGCCAGUUGAAGUCAUUAUUUGCUGGUGGUUUCGAGUUUCACAGUGUGUUAGGAGCAAGGGAUGAUUGCAAAACUCGCUCCCUGGAGGAAUCAGGCCAGACUCAAUUUUGGAGGAAGGCAAGAUUGGGAGAGAGCCAGUUCAUCCCAGGAUCUGUUCUAGGGCUUCCCACCAGUCUUUACCGUUUAAGACUGGUUUUCCGGAGGCAACAGACCACCAGGCCUGGUCAGCCCCAGUUCAAGCCAUGCCAGGAAUCUGCCCACCUGCCAGGUUCAGUUCUUUAAGGUGCCUCUUCAGGGACACAGUGUGUCUCUCUGAUUGGGCUUCUAAAUCAAAAGCCUGAUGUUCGUGUCCCUCUCAUAGGGGGAGCUGUGGACACAGGACCAGUGUGGAAAGGGCCGGGUAAGAGUUUCUGCUCUGCACAUUGUAGAGGGGACGCUCGGCAGGCCCACGGGUCCCGUACAAUAGAGAGGUUGAGUGAAUUGGCCUUCAGUUAACCUGGAACCUUCUAUUGAGUUCCCUCCUGCCUCCCAAAGAUUUUGACCAUUUUGUAAGUCUAUAAACUCACCUCUCUUAGUAGUGGCCCAGAAGCUUCUUUGUGCUAAAAGCAUGAGAAGUUUAAAGGCAGUCAUUCCCUGGGAAAUGGAUCCCAUUUUAUUCUGCUGCCCCACCCUGUUCCCGAGGCCUCGUUCAGUAGGGCCGCCCCCUGGCAAGGCUGUCCUGCCUCCCGUGCCCAGCCAGGCUGCAUGUCUGUGCAAGGUAAGCCUCUUUCCCCUUCAGGUCUUCAGUUGGUUAUUUACCACUGUUGUCCCUCGGUCACUUUUUGUAAAAUGGGGGUUUAGUUUGGUCCUUUUUUUUUAAACGCUGGUAAAUCUUUGCAUUAAGCAGAGGAGGGAAGGCAGAGGUCUGGCCUGGCCUGGCCUGCCCCUGGAGCAGACCCUUCUCUGGGCCCAGGAGCCGCUUUGCUGGAGUUAUCCCCAGGUGGACGCGUUCAUGUCGUGCCACUUUCCCCUUCACAAUACCAUUUGGAGGGUGGGGAUCUGCUUCCCACUGUGACUGGGCUAUGGGAUUCUGACUACCUUGCUUACAGAUUCAUGGUUUGAUAAAUUUGUUGUAUUCAAAAACUUGAAAUGUAGGACGCCAUUACGUGUCUGUUUAUAUUUUUGGAAUAUUUGUAUUACUUACAAUUAAUUAAUAAAAAUGGGUUUAAAAAACCUGA